AUGGACUCGAGCUACAGACCUCAAUCGCCAGAUCUGUCAUCGUAUGCUCCACAAUCGCCUGACCUCUCUGGGUUAAAGCCACAAACCACGGAGUAUACUGGUAUACCCAUACCACAGUUUGGGAGUGCGUUCGGCCAACACUAUCCUCAGGACAGGUUCGGAGGUGCCUUCGGUGGCGGUGGCUUCGGUGGGCCUCUCGGCCACGCGCCGCCUACUUCAAUACCGCAACAGCCGGAACAGUACCACAUUCAUCACCAGCAAUCGGGUAUGGCGGCCGCGGUAGGACGGCGAUCGAAGCAAAGCGUAAUGAAGGAAGACGAAUAUAUGCCUGACGCUCCCACGAGUAAGAGGCCACGGAAAGGACCAACACAGAGCAUAAAGGCAGAACCGCAGCAUCAACAUCAACCAACCUCAAGCAACCCGACCCGAGGUGUGGAACUAAGAACCUCGUUUCCGGUCGCAAGGAUAAAGCGCAUAAUGCAAGCAGAUGAAGAUGUCGGCAAAGUAGCGCAGGUGACGCCCCACGUCGUUAGUCGCGCGUUGGAGCUGUUCAUGAUCGAUCUUAUUUCAGCCUCAGCGGAGCAAGCCAGAGCCGCCGGCGGUGGCGGCGGAGGGAGCAAAUCGGGGAAAAAGAUUCUCGUGCAGCACAUGAAGAAAGCUAUAUUGGAGGGAGAGACGUUCAGAGACUGGCUGCAGGAUACUGUGAAUAAAGUGCCCGAUGCGCCCAGUAAAGCGAAGAAGGAAGCUGGCAGCGACUCGGAGGACGCGAAGCCGAAGAAGACCAGAAGAGGGAAGGCGAAAGAGUGA